AAUAUUAUUCAAUGGGGAUUACGGGGAUGAUAUACAUGGUUACGAUGGUAUUUUCAUUACUUGUAUCAAUAUUGUCUUCGUCCACGGUGGGAUUCGAUUAUUUUCAAUUUACGCAGCAAUAUCAGCCGGCUGCCUGCAACUCUAAUCCUACUCCUUGUAAGGAUCCUACUGACAAGUUGUUUACGGUUCACGGUUUGUGGCCUUCAAACAAAAUAGGAGGCGACCCAGAAUAUUGCAAGAUAAGGAAUCCUCGGAAGAGAGCAAAAAAACUCGAACCCCAGUUGGAAAUUAUUUGGCCGAACGUGCUCGAUCGAACCAAUCAUACAGGCUUCUGGAGUAGACAGUGGAAAAAACAUGGCGCCUGUGGGUAUCCCACAAUACAGAACGAGAAUGAUUACUUUGAAACAGUAAUCAAAAUGUACAUAACCGAGAAACAAAACGUCUCUCGAAUCCUCUCAAAUGCAAAGAUUGAACCGGACGGGAAAAGCAGAGCGCUGGUGGACAUUGAAAAUGCCAUACGCAACGGUACCAACAAUAAGUUACCAAAAUUGAAGUGCCAAAAGAAGACUAGGGUGACUGAAUUGGUUGAGAUCACUCUUUGCAGCGAUAAAAAUAGAGCACAUUUCAUUGAUUGCCCCAACCCCUUUCUACCAGGAUCACCAUAUUUAUGCCCCAACAACAGUAUCCACUAUUAAGAGCGCGGCUAUAUAUAUAGAACUAGUUUGCUUAAUUAUUUAUAGCUCGGAUGAAUAUGUGAAUUUUCCUUUCAUGUGAAGUUAUACGUUGGCCUAUAUACGGAUAUUAUAAU